CUCAUCAGAGUGAAUCAGUUGACAAAGGAAACACAGUUGCUGACAUACGCCUUAGCUAAAUACAAAAUGCGUUUGAUAAUUUUAAUUACGUUUUUAUUGGUAACUAUAUGUAGUGUUAAAAGUGACCAUUUAGUGGUGGGAAAUAUAGGCGUAGGCAGUAUUUUAGCUCAUGAAGAGACUGUAGCUUACAACCCGUUUCCCUUCAUGAAAAGGGUGAAGACCUACUUUUAUACUGAUCCUCGGAAUCGACCGAUUAUGGGUAUCCAAGCUAUUGACUUACUACACAGCAAGGCGUCAGUGAACAUAACGGCAGGGGGCCUCGGUCAGUCAUUCGUUCACUUGCGAAUGAAGAGUGAACGGGGCUCGGGCCUCGAGUACAGCAUCGGCAUUUAUGUCGGACCGGACUUUCAAUGAAUGAUUAUAUCUGACAUAUUUCUUUUCAAUACCCGAUUAUUCUUUUAUGUCAUCCUGCCGACGAUCUUUAUACAAAUGUACAUAAUUGCUGUUUAAUUGCGAAGUAUUUAUCAUAACGCAUAACAAUGGCAUUAGCAAAUAUAUUUAAAAAAACUUGUGCUAUACACAACUAAUAGAUAUGUAAUAAAUAAGUACUAAUAAAUAAUAUGUAAAUGUGUUUUUGUGAUUACAUUGUGUAGCCUUUUAUUAAGGUUAUAAUUUUUUCGUAAGCAUGCUAUUGAGAUUAUAUUUAUUUAGCUAUUCUAGGGUUUUGUGAGUCAACGUGUCGUAACGUUGGAAUAGUUAUCUAGGCUGUGUUUUUAUUAUGUUGACAUUUCAAGUCAGUCAAAGGCCCACGUGGUGUUUUCUUAGAGUAAAGUAACCGUAGCGAUUAUUCCACGUUAAUUAAUAAGGCUCAAACCACCUUAUGAAUAAACGAGGUGUAGCGUUGGAGUAGCUACGCAGUGUUUUGACUCGUACCUUACAUUUGAAAGGUGCUGCAAGUUCAAGUGUGGCAAAGACACCUUAACUAUUCAUUUAUUUAACCCUAUACUUGGCACAGUGUAUGAUUUGAUACAUUGCACUUUCGAUAAAUCUAUAGAAGUUUUGAAACGUUGUUUCAAGACUUUUAUGGUGUAUUUUGUUAGGAGGUAGCAUAAAGAUCCUACCAAAAAAUAUUUUGUAAUAGUAGGCAACACCAAAACAGUAGUAGAACACAAGAUGUCGGGACGGU